AUGGCGCCAACUCUCUGCUUCAAUUGCCAGGCGUCACGAGCCGUGAUCAUACGGCCCAAAAAUCGCCACAAGCUUUGCAAAGCCUGCUUUAUUGAAAUCUUCGAAACCGAAAUCCACGAAACCAUCGUCUCAACCUCUCUCUUCAAGCGCGGGGAACGAAUCGCCAUCGGCGCCAGUGGCGGGAAAGAUAGUACCGUGUUAGCAUCUGUUAUGAAGACGCUCAACGAGCGUUAUGAUUAUGGACUGAAUCUUGUGCUAUUGUCGAUCGACGAAGGCAUCAAGGGUUACCGAGAUGACAGUCUAGAGACUGUCAAGCGCAAUGCGGAGCAAUACGAAAUGCCUCUCGAGAUCGUCGGAUAUGAUGAAUUAUACGGUUGGACAAUGGACCAAGUUGUGGCACAAGUCGGCAAGAAGGGAAACUGUACAUACUGUGGCGUCUUUCGACGACAGGCUCUCGACCGAGGCGCGGCGCGUUUGGGUAUUAAGCAUAUCGUCACGGGCCAUAAUGCAGACGACGUCGCAGAAACCGUGAUGAUGAAUCUGUUACGUGGCGACCUACCGCCGUAG